UUAGGGUCGUACUCGUUGUUCCUCUAGAGCCUGUCAACAUGUCGUCCGGGCGUGCCAAGAGAGAAGCCGACAAUGGCCGUUGUAAUAUCAAUGUGGUGCAGCUGGAAGGCUUGGCUUUAAUGAAGAUCAUUAAACACUGCCAUGAAGAAGGUGCAGGAAACACAGAGGUGGCACAGGGUGUACUUCUUGGCCUUGUGGUGGAUGAGAGGCUGGAGAUCACCAACUGCUUCCCCUUUCCACGUCAUGCUGAUGAUGUAGAUGAAGAGGAUUAUCAGCUUGAAAUGAUGCGUCAUUUGCGAAAGGUAAAUGUGGAUCACCUAAGUGUUGGCUGGUACCAGAGUACUCAGCUUGGCAACUUCAUCACCACGCAACUCCUCGAGUCACAGUUCUCUUAUCAGACUAGCAUUGAGGAGUCUGUCGUCCUGAUUUAUGAUCCCAUCAAGACAGCACGAGGGUUCCUGUCUAUUAAAGCUUAUCGUCUCACUCCGGAAGCCAUCAACACAGUUCAGGAACGUGACUACACCCCUGAGGCCCUUAAAAAGAUGCGUCUGGGAUUUGAAUCUCUGUUUCAGGAGAUCCGUUUGGUCGUCAAGAAUUCACACCUGGUCAAUACGCUCUUGAGUGAAUUGUAUGAGUUGAUGCCCAGCAGUGAGGGGAAACAGUUCCUGGACCUGGGAACUAUGUCUACCCUGGAUCGUCAGUUGAGGUGUCUCAUGGAUUAUGUGGAUGACCUUAGUCAAGAGGCCAACAAGUUCAACAACUUUCAACGUCAGAAUGCUAAACAGUUACAGGAUAAGCAUAAGUUCAUGCAGAAAAGGGCUGCCGAAAAUGCUCAACGCCAAGCACGUGGAGAGCCGCAGUUACCCGAUGAAGACAUUAGUAAACAGUUCAAGCCCAUUGCUCCCUUGCCACGUCUAGAUGCUAUGAUCACCUCAGGACAGAUAUCAAAUUACUGCAAACAGAUCUCUCAGUUUUGCAGUCAGUCUCUUGGUAAAUUGUAUGUUGCCAAGGCUCUACAGCAAGAAAAGAAGUAAAUCACUUCAAAAAAUAUAUUAUAUAUAAAAAACCUGAAAUCUGUUGAACCAAAACUUUCCUCCAAUUUUUUGUUAUUAUGAAAUUUGUCAUCUGAGGUAUUUCAAGUACUGUAUAAUAUUUUAACAUUUCUCUUUCUAUUAAAUACUGUACAAGA